AUGUCGUCAGACUCCCCCCCGUCCACUCCCGGCGGCACUUUCUAUCUGCACCCCCGCCGGGAGGCCUUCGAGCACGGCCUUCUCCCAAUCUCGAAGCUCAUAUUCAACGACGGGACGCAGACACUGUCCAAUCUGAAACCGGCUCUCCUCUCGUCGUCCACCUGCGACCGUCGAGUGAACGCGGACGCUCUCUCCGGCGUCCUUCAAAUACCGAUCGAGCACUCGCGUCUUGUGAUCGAGACCAUAUCCUCUGUCCUCCAUGAUGAUUCCGAUCCUUUGGUGAAUGACAAGGACAAAGAGAUGGACGAAAUUGGGGUUAAUGUGUUUGAUUUGCUCCUUUUCUUGUGUAUACAGAGUUACAAGAGAUUGCUCCCCAGAGGGCACAAGGAUUCUGCCGCCAUUGGUGAUGUCUGGCCAUCUACCUCCGCUUUCGAUGGUCUUUUAUCUUCGCUUCCGCCAUCACAGUUGGCAAACAGCCGUCGGUUUAUGCCAUCUCAAGCUGAUGAAGAGGCUCAUCAGCUAUCCUAUUUGCAGAAACAACUGAGUACUAUGGUUUCCCUCUUGUCUGACUCCACUGAUGCAGAAGGUGAUGAUGAUCAAUCUCUGGUUGUGUCCAUGGAUGCAUUCGAACAUCUUGGUUUUUUGAUGUAUUGUGGGGAAAAGGGAUCCGAGAGAAUCCCAUUGAGCCAGAACACCCCAUUUUCCACAAAUACAGAUCCUGAUAAGCCUGCGGUUUGGGUUCCUGCAUCACAAGUUCUCGAAUGGCUCACCCAAAAUAUAUCCUCCGCCCUGGAACAUAUUUCCGAUAGAGUUUCAUCUAAAGAAAAUGCCGCGGCUGCUUCUCCUGACCAGGAUGUUGCGACGGAGCCACCGAGCUCUCUCAGAGGUCCGAGUUUUAUCGAGGGGAUCUCCAAAUCAUAUUGUGUAAAGCAAGCCUCUGAUCUUAAGGGCACAUCUGUAAAGGUUGUAAACUGUCAUGAAUCCGUGAUCUACAUUUUGGCGCCGCUGAAAUAUGCAACGGUCUACGGAUGCUCUGAUGCAACUAUUGUGCUUGGGGCCGUUGGAAAGGCUGUUAGAUUCGAACAUUGCGAACGCGUUCAUCUGAUUACGGCAGCCAAGCGAAUCUGCAUAGCAAAUUGCCGCGAGUGUUUAUUCUUCUUGGGAGUUAAUCACCGACCUCUUAUUGUUGGCGAUAACCAUAAGUUGCAGGUGGCUCCAUAUAAUACAUUCUACUCCCAACUUGAGGAGCACAUGAGUCAAGCUGGGGUUGACCCUCACAUCAAUAGGUGGGAUGAACCGGUGGCGCUUGGAGUAGUCGACCACCACGACUCACUGUCUCAUCCCGCUGGUAUGUCCGAUGUUCAAGCCGAAACUGCUGCACGCCUGCAUCCAGAUCAGUUCACCAAUUUUGUGGUGAGAACUCUAUUUGGGCUGGCUAUUCCAAACUGGUCUGGAAGUGAGGAAGCUGGUUCUACCAAAGAUAAUCCUUUCUCUCUACCCGAUGCCUACCGCGCGGCGCUGGAGGAAAAUAGCACGCGGUUGAACGGAGUUAAGCAGAUUAUGAGGGAGGUGUCACUGGAAGAGCCCCGGAAACGCGAACUCUCAGCUUCUCUGCAUGCAUGCUUUAAAGACUGGUUAUACGGUGAUGCCCUCACCCUCAAUGCUACCUACCUCAUCAUCAUCAUCAUAUUUGGUGUUGAUAAUUAUCCAUUAGUAUUAGCUAGUUAG